UAAAGACACGUGCUUUCAUAAAUAUUCUAAGAUAGGUCGGAAGGUAACUAGCUAUGUGCACAUCUUUUUACUUUCCAGCAAAACCUCGCUGACUGUGAAAAACGGGGGAAAUGUAACGUCGAACACGGGUGCACGCUAGAUAUGGAUGAAUGUGACCGCUAAGUUAUAUCCACAAUGGCUACAGAAGCAUCUGUCUCAGCAACUGGCCCUCCACAGAUACCAAACCCAGCACAGAGGGACUAUUACUGGGUGCGCUCCUUUGUAGCCGGAGGUGUUGCAGGAUGCUGUGCCAAAUCCACCAUUGCGCCUCUGGACAGAGUGAAGAUCCUGCUGCAAGCUCAGAAUCCCCACUACAAACAUCUUGGGGUGUUUGCCACGCUCCGUGCGGUGCCAAAGAAGGAGGGCUUCCUGGGCCUUUACAAAGGGAAUGGGGCCAUGAUGGUCAGGAUCUUCCCCUACGGAGCCAUCCAGUUCAUGGCCUUCGACAACUACAAAAAGCUGCUUAGCAAACAACUUGGCAUCUCUGGUCACAUUCAUCGCCUUAUGGCAGGAUCUAUGGCAGGAAUGACGGCAGUUAUUUGCACUUACCCUUUGGAUGUUGUCCGUGCCCGACUGGCCUUCCAGGUGAAAGGGGAACACAAGUACACAGGCAUCGGAAAUGCCUUCAAGACCAUCUAUCGAAAGGAAGGGGGCGUGUCUGGCUUUUACAGAGGGCUCACACCCACCAUCAUUGGCAUGGCGCCGUACGCAGGCUUCUCCUUCUUCACCUUUGGCACCCUGAAGAGUCUGGGCCUGAAACACGCCCCUGAGCUCCUGGGACGUCCCUCCUCUGACAACCCCGACGUCCUGGUCCUCAAAACACACAUCAAUCUGCUGUGUGGGGGGAUUGCUGGGGCGAUAGCACAGACCAUAUCCUACCCUCUGGAUGUGGCACGCAGGAGGAUGCAGCUGGGGGCUGUCCUCCCAGACUCUGAGAUUUGUCGUACUCUGACCAAGACCCUUAAGUAUGUGUACAGCCAGUAUGGGGUGAAGAAGGGGCUCUACCGCGGCCUGUCCCUAAACUACAUCCGCUGCGUUCCCUCCCAGGCUGUGGCCUUCACCACCUAUGAGUUCAUGAAGCAGGUCCUGCACCUCAACUAAAAAC